AUGAAGAGUCUCACUGGUUUGGGCCAGUGGCUUUUGCAUUGCUGGAAUCAUUGCCAAGAACAGAAGGCUGCUGCAAACAGAGGCCUAAGGAGAUGUGGAGUUGAUAUCCCAACUCUUCAAGCUGAAUGGGUUGCCCAAGUCUCUGCACAGACAAAGCCAGCUCCUUGUCACAGCUCUAAAGCUGCUGAGAAUAUGAUAUUCCAAAUCAUGGCAACUCAGAAAUCAUUGGCAAAUUAUGAGGCCAAGCUAGAAGUGCUGGAGAAAGAUCUUCUCCAUGGGGUUGCUGACAUGACAAGCUUGAAUAUCCAAAUUGUAGAGUGUCAUCAAAAGGUUAAGUGUUUUAAAGAAGCUUUGCAGAACCAGAGGGCAACCCUAGGCAUAAAUGGGCAUUCAAAUCUUGCUAGUAUCCAAAAGAGUGCUUAUCUUCAACUUCGCAUGCAUGCAUUAGCAAUCAAGAACCAUAUCAGAGAUUGUCUGCACCAACAAAAGUUUGAGUUGGAAAGACUGGAACACUCAUAUCAGCAGACUCUCAGUGAACAAAGACUUCAAAACCACACAGAAGCAUCUGUGAAGCAACAAGAACCAGGAAUAGCCAAGCUUGCCAGUAGCUACAAUAAUCUGUGUCUGCAAAUUGGACUCUUUGUUAAACUGGAUGUGGAUGAUGAUAUUUGGCAGGAUAUUGGCCUUGGGGAUGAUUCAGAUGGGUUACUACUCCCAUGGUUAGCUGAUGAAAAAGUGUGCUCAGGGAUCAGAUCACUCCUUGAGCUGAGGUGUUGUGAAGAAGAGGAAAGGUGCCUGUUGCAGGAAAGAAGAGCUUUGACAGAGUGGUUUUCUGAAGAGUGGGGUCAUGUGCAGAAAACCAGACAGAGUGCUGAUGUUGAUCUUGCAUAUGAACUUGACUGCAGAGCAUUGAGACUAGCAGGUCCAUGCAUCUUGUGGAAGAGGCCACUUAGAGGCUAUCCUGGAACACCUAAUGAGAACUGGGGUGCAAGUGAUGAAGAACUGCACAGCAUGGUGCAGGGUGGUCAUGUUAUAUAUAUUGAUAGUGAUAAUGAGGAGAGGUUUGAUGGAUUGGAGUCAGAGGGUGAAGAGGAUGAGGAUGAAGUGAUGGAUGAUGAGUUGCUAUGUGUUGCUGAAGAAUUUGCCCUGGCAGAUGAAUAUCACCAACAAAGUGAUAUGCCAUUGGAAGAAUUCUGUUGGGGAGAAGAAUGGGAGAAUGACCUACUGGAUAUGGAUCCACCAUCAUCUCCAAGUAAAAGAGUUCAAUACAGAUAA